AUGCAGCUCCAAACAAAGUCCGCUGAACAGAAGAGUGCAAGCAGGCCUUUAAAGGAACCCGAUUUUAGUCAGCCCUUCAUUCUCCAGACAAACACCACAGAACAAGAGCUGGGAGCUGUCCUGAUACAGGAGAAAGAGGGGGAGAGGAGACCGGUUGUGUUCCUCAGUCAGAAGCUGGAUCGUGAAACGAGAAUGAAGGAUGCUAACAACCGCAUCACUGGAUGGUACUUCUCACUGCAGCCCUAUGUCUUCACACUUGACGGAGGCGUGAGCCGUGGAUCCUCGGCCACGUCACCUCCUCCAGCCCCCGCUCCUCCAGCCCCCGCUUCUCCAGCGCUCAGCUGA